AUGACUUCGCCUCCCCAGGGAUCGGCAACGUUUGUGCGUGACGAUGUCCCUCGAGGGUUCUGGGGCGUAGAUGAGGAUGGGGUCACCGUCUUCCACGCUCCCGGGAGUGCAUAUGGGACUGGCCUUUUCUCAUGCCACAAAUCGAAGCCUGUGUUGCCCGCCAAAGCACCCCUCGUGGACAACAUCGCCAGUAUCCCCAAGGUUGUCAUCCAGGAAUGUAUCACCUUAUUCUUUAGAUGGCAGCACCCUUUCUGCACGCUUGUGGACCGCGAUGCACUUCUCCAGGACUGUAGACAUCACCCGAGGACCCCCAUACCUAGACUGUCGGCGCUCCUGCACGUCGUAUGUGCUUUGGGUGCCCUGAUGUCCGACGAUCACAAUGUUCGAGAGUUGGCCGAUCCCUUCGCCGCCUCGGCCGAGGAUGCUGCCACGAACAAUAGCUUCUGGUGCCCUCAUAUUGCAACGUCGCAGACCCUGUUGCUGUGUUCCGUCUUUGCCGCUGGGAAGGGAAAGGUGUCCAAGGCCUGGAUGUAUUCAGGCAUGGCCCUGAGGAUGACCCAAGAUCUUGGUGUCCACGAGAGCAGCUCACCGCUGUUGCCCGAAGAACAUGCUCAGAGUGCGCUGCUUGUCAACUUGGAGUUGCGGCGGCGCAUGUCUCUAACCUUCACUAUUUCCGAUAAAUUCUUCAGCCUCUUUUUCGGGCGGGCCCCCAUGAAUGAAGACCACUCUUUCGUGUCUGAGCAAACGGUAGAUCAGCACCGCAAAAACAGCUUCGACGACGAUCGAGACCAGUCUCGUGUCUCGACGCUGUUGUUGACCAAGCAAGCGGAACUGGGCAACAUCAUCAAAGAUAUCCAGUUGCAAGUACACUGCAAGAGGAAACUCCACCUCCUCUCCGAGUACUGCCUUCAAGCGCUGUACAACAAGCUGAAUGCCAGACUCUGGAGUUGGUAUGAUUCUCUGCCGGGUGAUAUGCGGUGGAGCCGAUGGAGCUCGAAUCUCGAAGAGGUAGAACCGAGCCUUGCAAAUCUUCACAUGAUCUAUCACACUGCGCGCAUCAGCCUGAACCGGUCCCUCAUCUCCGCUGACGUGCAUGGGACUUCAUCGGAAUAUUCCAAGUUGGUAUUCGAUGCCUUUGAAGCUUGCAAUGGCUCCGUCGAGACGAUCGUGGGAAUAUUCCGCCGCUUCAAUGCACAGCACACCUUGAAGAAUGCGCCACUCAGCUUCGUCCACGGUGCGGUGACCGCGAGCGAGGCGAGUCUGGCCAUGGCUGCAUGUUCUCGCAAAGGCCGCCAUACACAACUGAGUAUUCAGGACACUUGCCUCUCUGCGAUCGAUACAGCUCUGGCCGACAUGGCCCACGCAUGGGAAAUGGCCAACAAUGCAAGACAUGGGCUGCGAGAAGUUCUGAGUCGCUGGGGCGUCUCGUUCGACACCGACGAACACUCUACAGCGGCAUCUUCCCCCCAAGGGACAACGACAACCAAUUCACCCAAUUUCUUCUAUCUUCAAAACACCGACACGACGUCGAAUGUCGUGACGACUGCCUAUUACAUGCAACCCGGCCUGUCCAAACCCAAUGAUAUAUGGGGAGCACCGCCCCUCGAUCUGGAGCUGCUCGCUCAGACUGACAUCGACGCCGGGCUCACCACCAUGUUCCACAACCCGGACGACUCGGACAGCAAUUUCUGGAAUUCUGUCAUGGGGAGUGAUAACGGGACGCCGUCUUCGACAUCUCCGUCGUCAUCUUCCAGUGGCUCGCGUGCCUCCGCUUAUGUGUAUCGGACGUGA